CCCUUCUCCCUUCUUGUGCUCCACCUCCAUUCACCGAAAGUCCCACACGGCUUCAGGAGAGCCCCCUCGCCUAACCCCUAACAUGAUCAACAGUUUCAUGGCCAAUAACCAUAACGGCAGUGUCUUGGGUGGCGGGAUUGGUGGUGGCAGCGGUGGCAGCAGCAACACCAACACAAACGAGUGCCGGAUGGUCGACAUGCACGGGGUGAAGGUAGCUUCAUUCCUGAUGGAUGGCCAGGAACUGAUCUGCCUGCCGCAAGUCUUUGACCUUUUCCUCAAGCACCUGGUGGGAGGGUUGCACACAGUGUACACUAAGCUGAAGAGACUCGACAUAUCUCCGGUGGUGUGCACUGUAGAGCAAGUUCGAAUCCUCCGUGGGCUGGGGGCCAUCCAGCCAGGGGUGAAUCGUUGCAAGCUCAUCACCAGGAAAGACUUUGAAACUUUGUUCACCGAUUGCACCAACGCCAGAAGGAAGAGGCAAAUGACAAGGAAACAAGCUGUUAACAGUUCAAGGCCUGGCAGGCCCCCUAAGCGUUCUUUGGGAGUAUUGCAAGAUAAUGCCCGACUUCUGCCCCAUGCAGUCCCAGGCCUCUUAUCACCAGGACUGAUCACUCCAACAGGUAUCACAGCUGCAGCAAUGGCUGAGGCCAUGAAGCUCCAGAAGAUGAAGCUUAUGGCAAUGAAUACUCUUCAAGGUAAUGGAAGCCAAAAUGGGACUGAGUCAGAGCCAGAUGACCUUAAUUCUACCACAGGUGGAAGUGAAUCCUCCUGGGAUAAAGAUAAGAUACAAUCUCCACUUGCUGCUUCUGGACCUCAACAUGGAAUUGCUCAUGCAGCACUUGCUAGUCAGCCUGGCCUUGGAGGUGCUCCGACCCUUACUCCACUUCAGCAGAAUCACCUGCUAAGCAAUCGUCUGGAUCUCCCAUUUAUGAUGAUGCCUCAUCCCCUACUUCCAGUCAGCUUACCUCCUGCAUCAGUUGCCAUGGCAAUGAAUCAGAUGAAUCAUCUCAAUACUAUUGCCAACAUGGCUGCUGCAGCCCAGAUUCACAGUCCACUCUCCAGAGCUGGUGCCUCUGUUAUAAAGGAACGGAUCCCAGAGAGUCCUUCUCCUGCUCCCUCUCUGGAAGAGAGUCAUCGUCCUGGGAGCCAGACCUCCUCCCACCCAAGCAGCAGUGUGUCCAGCUCUCCCUCGCAGAUGGAUCAUCAUUCAGAGAGAAUGGUUAUGAUGCCCAACAAUAGAGAAGAGCUUAUUGUUGACCAAGAUAAUGGACAAAGCAUAAAAAAAUUCCAGAGGGAUAAUAAAGAUAUCCAAUUGUCCCAGCACCAUUUGUUGAACACUUUUCUUCACUGGAUUGAGUUGGCACCAUUAUCAAAAAAAUCACUUCACCAUCAAAAAGAAGUACCAGCUCAAAUCCCAGUCAUGAAGUCACCCUUGGACAAGAUCCAAUUGGCUCCUGGACAGGCAUUGCACCCUGGAUUCCCUGGACCAUUCAUUUUUGCAGAUAGUCUAUCUUCUGUGGAGACUCUGUUGACCAACAUUCAGGUCAACAAUAUUUCUAUAAACAAAAUAAAUGGUCUACUGAAAGUGGCUUUGGACAAUGCUCGUAUCCAGGAGAAGCAGAUUCAGCAGGAAAAGAAGGAACUGCGAAUAGAGCUCUUCAGAGAAAGAGAAAUUAGAGAAAACCUGGAGCGACAACUUGCAGUUGAGCUUCAAAGCAGAAGUACAAUGCAAAAGCGUCUGAAAAAAGAGAAAAAGGCUAAGAGAAAACUUCAGGAAGCCUUGGAAUUUGAAUCAAAGCGUCGCGAGCAAGUGGAGCAAGCACUUAAACAAGCUACAUCUGGUGACAGUGGACUGAGAAUGUUAAAAGAUUCUGGAAUUCCUGAUAUUGAAAUAGAAAACAGUGGAACGCCGCAUGACAGUGCUGCUAUGCAAGCCUGAACACUGAUGCCGGAACUCCAAGUGAUCAUAGACACGGAUAGGGUGUUGUAGCAGUUACCUGCUUACUUAGUGUUGUGAUUCUUUACAAUUCAUGCUCAAAUUCUUUUAAAAUAUGGAACACGCAAUUACUAUUUGUUCAUAAUUGUUGACUAGAACCUUGAACAUAUAGGAAAAAUGUAUUAGAGAAUGGUCUUUGCAAGAUUUUACGGGGCAAUUAUGAUGACUGAACGUGAUAUAAUAUAGUUUCUUUACCCAUUUCUUCCAACAAGCUACUAGUGCUUCACAAACAUUAUCACAUUUAUCCACACAGCAGGUUUGUAGUGGGUAAGUAGGUGGCACAAUUUUGAAGAUGGAUAAAAUGAUAUUUCUAGAUUGUAUGUAAGAAAAUAAAAUAUAGAAAAAUCUACUUUGAGCUGUGCCUAUUAUGGAAUAACUUUCUAAUUCUCCAAUACAUUAUUUAACAGUACCUUUAUUAGGAGACAAUUUAUUGGUACAAAUGUUGUCGUGGCUUGUGAGCUCACUUUGUAGAAGAAAGUGUGCCUGAUUUGUUCUCUUAAAAAAAAAAUCAUAGAGAGCUUUAAUACUUAAAUAAUGCCACACCAACAUUUUCCUUUUAUUUGGUAAGAUAGAGCAAGUUAUCUACUCCCUUUCUACUAGCACAUACCUUAUCUAUAAAGAAGACAAUGAUAAAAACUGAUCCCAGCCUACUAAAUUUGCGUUCUUUACUCUUCUUUCUUCCUUUUGAUCACAAACUUUGCUUCUUUUAUAAUAGUACCAACAGAAAAAAAUUGUAUGAAUAAAACCCACAGAUACAAGAAAAAAUAAGAAAGAUAUUAUAGUUCAUUUUCAUUGUGAACAUUUAUACUAUUCAUCCUCUGAUCUAAAACUAAUCAGGUAACUCGCAUUUCAAAAGAUAUAUAAAUGGUUCAUUUGGCCUGAAUUGUUCAGGAAAUGUUUUAGAAUAUUUUUGACAGUUUACUUAUUAAAGACCUGGCCAUAAACAGGCGAUAUUAAUUAUGACCAUUUUUAUACCUCCUAAGAAUCUACUACAUCAGUAUUUGAGUCAUUUUAUGACACUUCUCAAGCAUUUGCAUUGCACCAGCAAAAUCUUGUUCAUUGUGUAGUAUCUACCCUAGUGUCAAAUUCUGUUGUGACAAAAGUUCUACUCAUGUAAAAUACCAACUGAUAUUUUAUUCAUUUUUCUAAUAAUUAAUUCCUUGUAGUCAUAUAUGCAAUUUCUUUUGGAAUGACCAAUAAACUUAAAUAAUUUUAAAAAUAAUACAUUAAUUCAUAUCAAUAUGAUAUAUUACUUGUUUCACAUCCUGAAAAAAAUUUUCGAAGUUAUAAAAAUUUUGCUUUUGGUAGUUUCUAUGAUGCACACAUGAUUUACUUGUACACAAUCUAUAAUGUUUCAUCUGAUUGCAUCAAAAUAAUGCAAACUUAGAAAUAAUUGAUGAACAAUGAAAUAAAAUUGGCAAUAUCAAAUAUAUGAAUGAAAUAACAAUGACUCAUGACAAACAGAACUACAUACAUAGUCACCUUUUCAUUAUAUAGACAAAGAACAUAUACUGAAUAAUACAUAAAAUUUAAUAAAAUUUUCAAGUCGGGUCACUUAAACGUACAGUAGUGUCUUUUUCACUAUUUUAAUUCAAAAGUAAGAAUCCUGUUUUUCUGACAUUUUCCCACUUGUUUGGCCUUUUUAAUGGCGCCUGAUGCUAGGUGUUCCUUUCUUAUGAACUUUAGAUAUAUAAUACAGAAGGCCAGUAUCAUACUUACUGGAUCUGAAACAGCCAAUUUUGGUUCUUGAUGGGUUCAACCUAUCAUCAGAGGGUGUCCUAAUAGAGAAGACCACAUGAGCUUCCUAUGCCAUCCCAAGUUAGGCAUUUCUUCAUUAAGGGAAAGAUUGCACAAACCUAUAUUUUUACUUAAAAUACUGUUAUAUCUGUAAUAAUUCCCCAUUUUGCCCUUUGGAUAAAUAUUGAAGCAGUAUACUUAUUGCCAGCUUUCCACAAGUAUCAAAGUAUGUCGCUCCUUAUGAGUUGCAAAGAGCCUAACAUUCUGCUGGAGAGGAGCUUUUCAUUGCUUUUCCUUAUCUAUAAUCAUGUUGACAUACAGAAUGCAUAUGAGAUAAUAUCUGUUUGAUGUUCAAGUAUAAACCCUCUUAAACUAUGAAGGAGUCAACUACUAAUUAGCUGUUUCCUAUUCCUAAUGAUGUGAGCAUGGCAGAUUUGGAUUAAAAUUCAGCUACAGCUCUCUUCUGUUUAUGGUUCCAGAUGUUUUUGUUUUAUCUAGGAGUUUACUUUGACAGCUACUACUAAAUGAUAAAUCACUCAUAUUAUAGCGGAAAUGCAUUUUGAAAUUGAAACAUGGCAAACUUUGCGAUUGUUCUAAGGAACAGCAUCGAUUACUAGGUCAUUACUUGUUCCUUCCUUAUAAUCAGUCUGUAUUGGAACACUCAGAGCAGUAACAGAAGAUGUCUCAAUAUUACAGAAUGAGCCAUGCUGUUUAGUUACUACUAUCCUUAAAAUUUGGGGCAUUUUUACUAAUGGCAUCUCAACUUAUUGUAUUUUGAGCAAAGCAAUUGAUUUACAUCAUAAUGUUGUCUUCUUGGUGGUUUAGUAUGUCUCUUGAUUUGCAAGUUGUUGUGCAAACUAUUCCUAAUAAGCUUUGUAAGUGGGCACAUUUAAUGAAACUUGUGGCCAAAAAUGUUUGUCUCUUGUAACAAAGAUAAGAAUUAAACAAAAUAAAGUGAAAGAUUUUUUUCAAAAACUGCAUUUUUCCAAAAGACAGUGAUUGUGUUUUCCAUUCAUUGCUGUGUUUAUAUGACUUUUUAGGUGACAUUGU